UGUAGGUAACACAGAUGUCGAUAGAUCUAAACAGCAAUAGCUUAAGAAAGUGGUCUCUCCCUUACCUUAGAACAUUUGCAUUACUAUGUCACCAAGAAUGAGCAUUUUCUAAAAACCAAUCCCUGUCCAGGCAAGUUGUCAGGAUUGUGGGUAUAUAUUCAGGGGAGAAGAUGAAUUCCUUCUCUUGAGGCCUGGAACAGUUGCGACAAAAGUCACAAUUGAGAGUUUUUUCACCUUUUUCAGCCAUUUUAAUCUUAUAACCUACAUAUCUUGCCUUCCAAUAGGUAAGCAAAUUUACCUAGGUUACUUUUGAAACUUUUUAUCUACAUCUUCCAAACCACAACAAGGUAAGGUUCACAUUUUAACUAACUCCUAAUGAAUGUUUUUAUCAUAUAUUCAUCUCUUUGAUUUAUUUUACAAACUCUCCCUUGUUAACCACUUGCCAUAUGAUUGUUCCUAAAUAUUUCAGAGAAAAAUGAGACAAAAAAGGGUUUGUCCAGAAACAGAAGCUUUGAAUUUCAUUUCUUCUGGGAGGGAUAAAGACACAUUUUACAAAAGAUAUAUCAACAAGGAGAAAGGGUAUGGAGUUUUUACCAGCAAAAACAUUGAGCCAGGAGAAUUCUUGCUUGAGUACAGUGGAAAACACAUCACUGGCUCAGAAGGAGAGGCUCUGUUCAAGAAGUACUCAGAUGCAAAUGCAGCAUUUUUGUAUUUCUACUCCUUUCAGGGAAAGACUUGCUGUGUUGAUGGCAGUAAGAAUACUCAACUUGGAAGAUUCAUCAAUGAUGAUCACAUCAACCCAAAUAGCAAGAUUAAAAUAGUAAUGGAUGAAAAGAAAAGUCCUCAUCUGUGUGUGUUUGCAACUACUAAAAUAAAUGCAGGAGAAGAAAUUGUGUAUGACUAUGGAGAUCCUAACUGUCCAUGGAGACAUACUACCAAAGCUCCCUCCUCCAAUGUACACAUGGAAAAGAAGAUCAGAUCAGAGCGGAAAAAUGUUCCAGCAGAACAACAGCAAGCAGAAGAAAACCAAGGAGAAGAUAUGCAUACAGACCAACUCCAUUCAUCACAUAGCAGUCCACAAAUACCAGAAAAGAUGGACAUCUCACAGAGUGAUGUAUGCGUUUACCCAGAAAUGACUGACACUCACCUGAGUCACAUUCCAGAGGAAUUAUGCAGUGGUGAAAUGACCCAGUCAGAGCAGAAAAAUGUUCCAGGAGAACAACCAGAACAACACCAGGCAGAAAAAAACCAAGGACAAGAUACACAUACAGACAUACUCUGUUCAUCAUAUUCCAGUCCACAAACAACAGAUGAUACGGAGAGUAUACUCAGCAUUCACCCGGAAAUGACUGGCACUCACCUGAGAGAUUCAUCAAGUCCAACUAAAGAAGAAUUAACCUUGGAUGAAAUGAUGAAGAACAACAAGCAGAAGUACCAAUCAAAGUAG